CAGCUUUCCCUGCAAGUUUCUCCGGCUGCAAGGCACGGAACCUCCGGAGAUCAAGUUAACCUGCAAGUUUCGCAGAAAACUUCAUGUUUUUUUUUCUCUCAAGAAAAGAAAACAAGAAAAAUGCCUCACAGCAACUCUAGUUGCUCCGAGACUCCAUCAAUCGACGGCGAACAGCUGCGGCGUUUAGGUACCGGAUUGAGAUCUCCGUCGCAGACCAACCUGUUCGAGCCAUUGCCUCGUACCCGCUCACCUUCUUGCUCCUCUUCGUCUCUAUCCAACGGGUACCAUGCCACCUCAUCCGGGCAGAGGAGGACGGCGAAUAAGAAACAGUUUGCCCGGUGCCGGCUCUGGACGAAGCUAGGGUUUCCUUUGCUGAUUGCAGCGGUUGUUCUUGCGAAUUGGUGGAUGCUGUAUCGGAUCCAGGAUUCGGGUCACGCCAGUGGGAUCAAAUUCAAACUCAUAAAAGCUAAUGCAUCUACUUUCCCGAUUCGGGAAGAACUCAUAAAGCUUGGUAAAGGAAAAAGACCACAGAAAACUAUCUAUGCACGGCUGCUGGCUAAGGCUGCCCAUGCUCUUGCUGAGCUUAAUAAUAAACCUGAGCCUAAAGACCUCUGGGCAGAACCCUACGCUAUCGCUUCGACAUGGAAACCUUGUGCCGAGCAGCGUGAUUGGAAACCAAGUGAUGGAAAUGCUGGCUACAUUAUGGUUACUGCAAAUGGCGGUAUAAAUCAGCAGAGAGUAGCUAUUUGCAAUGCUGUAGCUGUUGCAAGAUUGCUUAAUUCAACUCUCGUUCUUCCCAAAUUUCUGUAUAGCAGUGUGUGGAGAGAUGUCAGUCAGUUUGGCGAUAUCUAUCAGGAGGAGCAUUUUAUCAGCUACUUGAGACCUGACAUUCGAAUAGUGAAAGAACUCCCAAAGGAGUUACAAUCAUUGGAUUUGGAGGCAAUUGGCAGUCUGGUGACAGAUGAAAAUAUUCCUAAAGAAGCCAAGCCAAGUUUUUAUUUGAAGCAUAUUCUACAUAUCCUGAAUCAUAAUAGGGUUGUCCAUUUUGUUGGAUUUGGGAAUCGCCUGGCAUCCGAUCCAUUACCAUUUCGGCUGCAAAGACUUCGAUGCAGAUGUAAUUUUCAUGCGCUGAGAUUUGUUCCCAAAAUACAAGAAAUUGGUGCUUUGCUUAUUCGGAGGAUGAGACAAAAUGUAACACGCUUGGGGCGAUUGGAUCCUCACCUUGUUGGUCCAUAUGCAACAUCAACAAUAAGGGGUCAAAGUAACCGAGCUGUAAAAAGUACGCCGAAAUAUUUGGCAUUACACCUUAGGUUUGAAAUUGACAUGGUGGCCCAUUCUUUGUGUGAAUUUGGUGGGGGCGAAGAAGAAAGGCGAGAAUUGGAAGCAUAUCGUCAAAUUCAUUUCCCUGCACUGGCGGACCUAACAAAGACCAAGAAGUUACCCUCCCCUGCAACUCUUAGGUCUGAAGGUCUGUGUCCAUUAAUGCCCGAAGAAACAGCUCUCGUGCUUGCUUCCCUUGGUUACAAGCGUCAAACACACAUAUACCUAGCAGGUGCACAUAUCUAUGGAGGGAAGUCAAGGCUUGCUGCCUUAACGACCUUAUAUCCAUAUUUAGCAACAAAAGAAAGUUUGCUUUCCCCAUCUGAAAUCCAACCAUUUGCAAAUUUCUCUUCUCAGCUAGCUGCUAUGGACUUCAUUGUCUGCACUGCUUCGGAUGUGUUUGCUAUGACAGAUUCAGGGAGCCAAUUCUCCUCAUUGGUAUCUGGCUACAGAGUGUAUUAUGGAGGUGGGAAAAUGGCUACCAUACGCCCAAACAAACGCAGACUUGCUGACAUCUUUGUCAAGAACAACACCAUCCAGUGGAAGGCGUUUGAGGACAGGGUGAGAAAGGCAGUGAGGCAAACGAAACGAGUGUUUUCGCGCCCACUUGGCAGAAGUGUGUAUCGGUACCCAAGAUGUCGCGAGUGCAUGUGCAAUACAGGCAACUGAUGAGUAUAUGACUUUGUACAUUCGAUUAUAUAGUAGUACCGUUCUGUAACUGAGUUUUUUUCCCUCUUUCUUUUUCAUGUUUGAAAUGCUACAUCCAAACUAAGAGCCCAUUGUGGAAGAGUAAAAUUUGUGAGUUUGC